CGGCACACUGAGGCAAGGUAUUUGAGGAGUGAAAUAACACGGAGCUCCGAGGAAGCAGUCUCCCUUUUCUUCUUGAGAAGCUAUCCCAACCAGAGGAACUGUUCUCUGCAAUCCAAUUAUCCAAUUUGCUUGAUGCGGUGUAAUCGUACAGACGGAAUGCCUCGUGGAGAUUUCAACAUUUACUUUGCCAGCAGCAGACGAGGAUAUGUCAGAGCUGAGGAGGCAGUGGGCAUAGCUCUACUGGUGGUCAUCCUGGCAGCUCUGCUCAUCCUGGGCUGCUGGUACUUCAAGAAGAGGAGUGGCUACAAAAUAAUCAGGAGCCCUAGAUCAGGGUCACCAGGUUUCACAGGGGGCCAGUACUCAGAGGCAGGACCUUCAGCAGAUAACAAGAUGGCUCUCACUGACUUCGGCAGCUUCCGACCUGUGGUUCCUAAUGCUCCUCCAGCCUAUGAAAAGAUUUCCUCAGGGCCACUGCCUCCUCCCUAUUCCCCCUGAAGGACUUCUGUAGAUGAUGUACAAAUAUCAGAAGAAGAAAGGAAAAAAUAAUGGAGAACAAAGUCUAAACUUCAUCUGUUGUCUGAUGAUAUAAAAUCUGAUGUUACUGUCAAAAUGGUUCCAAAUGCUUCAUAGCUAUAUAUGCCAAUAGGUCAAACUACUAUAUCUCUCACUUUGUAAAAUUAUUCACAUGUAUGAGCACAAUGUAUAUACUGUAGCUUC